CUAUAUAUCAGACUAACCCCUUGGUCGGUAACCAUAAAUCAUAUUCCGGUCUUCUCAAUAUUCUACCAUCUCCACUGCUUAAGCAUGCCUCCCUUUUUUUCUGUUUACAGGUUUGAUGAUCCCUUAACAUGUGCUGCUUUUCGGAGAUUUCAUGUAGUUGCUUUAACUGCAGCACUUGAAAACCAAACUUCCAGUGAACAACGAACCAUGAUUGGUGAGACGCUCUACCCUUUGGUGGAAUUACUCGAGCCAUUGUUUACACCAGAAAUCACAGGAAUGCUUCUUGAACUACCCCGAACCCAAAUCUUUCAGUGCAUAGAAUCACCAGAAGCUCUCAAAGAGAAGGUUAACGAGGCAAUUGUUAUUAUAAUGGACUGGUUUCCCAAACAGAUGAAUCUAGACGAGCUAGAAACUAUGGAGUUCCGAGCAGCCAUGAUCUUGUCUCAUCUUUGAUUUUAUUUUGUGGCUUUUAUUUAUGUUUCCGGUUGCAUUUUGA